AUGCUCUACUCCGAAGGCAACCGUCUAAUAUAUCGCUACGAUGCCGAAGAACUCUGGAUUGAUUCCUGGGGACCAAAUGCAUUCCGAAUACGUUCUACCAAAGAAUCUCAAUAUCCCGAUCCCUCUGAACUCUGGGCGCUCCAAGAAAUCGACUCUCCAAUACCAACUAUCAAAAUCGAAGACAAAUCAGCAUCAAUCACUAAUGGAUCCAUCCGUGCAACAGUUUCCUCUCGGGGGAAGAUAAUCAUCUACAACGGCGAGGGCAAAAUUCUCCUAGAGGAAUACGCACGUCAUCGUCUCGACGUCACCGACCCCAAAUGUUCCGCCAUAAAUGUCGAAGCCCGGGAAUUCAAACCCAAUCCCGGCGGCAGCUCAACGCAUCAUCUAACCCAACGCUUCGAAUCGCAGGACAAGCACGAAAAGAUAUUCGGCAUGGGACAAUACCAACAACCGUAUCUCGAUCUCAAGGGUCUGGAUCUCGAGCUCGCGCAUCGAAAUUCCCAAGCCAGCGUCCCCUUUGCCAUCUCCUCUCUUGGCUACGGAUUCCUCUGGAACAAUCCCGCAAUCGGACGCGCGGUGUUUGGAAAAAAUAUCAUGAGCUUCGAAGCGUAUUCUACUUCUUUUCUCGAUUAUUGGGUUGUGGCUGGUGCUUCCCCGGCGGAAAUCGUACAUCGCUAUUCAGACGUCACGGGAAAGGUUCCCAUGAUGCCCGAAUACGGACUGGGGUUCUGGCAAUGCAAAUUGCGCUAUCAGACGCAGGAAGAACUCUUGCAAGUAGCGCGUGAAUACAAGAAGAGAGAGUUACCGAUUGAUCUUAUCGUGAUUGAUUUCUUUCACUGGCCGCGUCAGGGAGAUUGGAGAUUUGAUGAGAACUUUUGGCCGGAUCCGGAUGCGAUGAUUGGGGAAUUGAAGGAGAUGGGGAUUGAACUUAUGGUGUCGAUCUGGCCGACGGUGGAUACGCGGUCGGAGAAUUUCGAAGAGAUGCUGGAGAAAGGUUAUUUGGUAAGGACCGAUCGGGGCAUUAGGAUUGUGAUGGAUUUUGAAGGCGAUACGAUUCAUUUCGAUGCAACGAAUCCGGGGGCGAGGAAAUUUAUAUGGGAACAAGCGAAGAAGAAUUAUUAUGAGAAGGGAAUUAAAGUUUUUUGGUUAGAUGAAGCGGAACCCGAAUAUACAGCCUACGAUUUCGACAACUAUCGCUACCAUCGAGGCACCAACCUCUCAAUCGGCAACACCUACCCCGUCGAAUACGCCCGGGCCUUCUACGAGGGCAUGUCCGCCUCGGGGCAAACCAACAUCGUGAAUCUUCUCCGCUGCGCAUGGGCCGGGUCCCAAAAAUACGGCGCGCUGGUCUGGAGCGGCGACAUAGCUUCCUCGUGGUCUUCAUUCCGCAAUCAGCUUACUGCUGGAUUAAAUAUGGGACUUGCGGGAAUCCCAUGGUGGACGACUGAUAUUGGGGGUUUUCAUGGAGGAGAUCCAACUGAUCCGGCUUUUAGGGAAUUGUUUGUGAGGUGGUUUCAAUGGGGGACUUUCUGUCCAGUUAUGAGAUUACAUGGGGAUCGGGAACCUAAACAGCCACAGGUGGGAGAGGGAGGUGGAUCGACUUGUUUGAGUGGUGCGGAUAAUGAGGUUUGGUCUUAUGGGGAAGAGGUUUAUGGAAUUUGUAAGAAAUACAUGAUGAUUCGAGAAGAGAUGAGGGAUUAUACUAGGGAGUUGAUGAAAGAGGCUAGUAAAAAGGGAAGUCCAGUUAUGAGAACUCUAUUUUAUGAGUUCCCGGAGGAUAAGAAAUGCUGGGAAAUCGAGGAACAAUAUAUGUUUGGGCCAAAGUAUUUGGUUUGUCCUGUGUUUGAGGCUGGGGCAAAGGAUAUCAAGGUUUAUCUUCCAGCGGGAACAUCUUGGUCUCUGGUUGGUCAAGAGACAGAUAAAUCUUGGGAGGGAGGGCAUGAGAUUGAAGUCGCUUGUUCUAUUGACACUAUACCUGUAUUCACUAGACAAGAUUAG